AUGAUUUACUCCACCAUCGCCUCGUUCUCAACCGCCACCUUGCUCGUCUUGUCCUGCAAUCUCCUGUCCACUGUCCACGCCCAACUCGUCACUCCAGCGCCCAGUGCAGACGACUACCUCGCUGCAGUGAAGCGCGACAACUUUCGCCGCCAGUCCCUCCUCGACGGGCUCGCCUGCUUCACCAUCGCUCCCGGAUGCACGCAGCAGCUGACCCUCUUCGACGCCUGCCAGGCCCAGUACAGCUCCGGCCCCAAAAACCUGUACUGCCUCUGCACAACGGGCUACUACUCGGCCGUCACGGAAUGCGACAAGUGCUCCGUCAGUGUCGGCGCCAUGGCGUCUAGCGAUCUCAGUUCCGAAAUCGACCUUUACAGCAUGGAGUGCGCCGAGUGGUACAGCAGCUUUGGCACGCCCAAUGAGUCGGAGAGCAAGACGACCAGCGUCUCUCCUGCUUUGACUGAGGCGACCGCUACGGCGACUCCAAAAGGUGCGGCUCGAUCGUCCGCGUCUCCGACUGAGCCGACAUUUUCUCCAGCGGCGGCGACAGCUACCACGGCUACCACGCCCACAGAGCCUUUUGGCGGUCUUGUUGGCGAGCCGACGACGGCGGCUGCAUCGCCGGCAAAGACUUCGAAAAGCGCUGCCAGCUCUAGUCGAAACAGAAUUGUAUUUCCUUUAACGCUUUCCAAUGCAAGGUUUUGUGGCCCAGUUUAUGAAACUGAAUGCUAUUCAACAACUAUGUAUUGUAGAAGUGUAUUUGAUAGUAAAUUCUGGGAUGUAUUUUAUGACUGCGUUACAUUAACGGCUUAA